GGAAUUGGGGGACCUCCCAAAAAGACAAUCGUCAGACCAUAAACUCCUAUACUCCCCCCAACAAUGAUGUACUACUGUGUACUGAGUUAGAUUCGCCGGUCUCUCUUAUAAACAAACGCUAUUCUAGAGCUCGUUGGAUAGAAUCUACCGGCCUCUAGCAAUUCGAGCUAGUUUCGCGAAGUCGAGUUUUUUCCGAUAGAAUCUCCCAAACAAUAAACUGAUCCAGAGUUCAAAGGACUUUCUCUCGAAACAUUCAACCUCACCUCGCUGAUCCUUCGGCAUGCUGUGAUCAUUUUCAUUGGAAAAGUUCGGUAGAUGCGUUCGCUGAGUGCCUAAGGAAAAUGUUGCGAUGAGUUUUCCGAAGUGCAUUCCGAGAAACAUGCUGUUUUUAGUAUUUGUUUUGAUGGUUAGUGCCGAAUGUUAUGCCAAGAGGAGUGCAGCUUGUUCAUUGGAAUUUUCCUUGAUUGGUUCGAAAUGCUAUUACUUCAGCAAAGAAAGCUUGAGUUGGAACGAUGCUUUUUACCAAUGUAUUGGCAAAAAUAGCUCUUUAGCAAUUUUUAAUAGUACUAAAGAAGAUAGACAGAUGAGAAACUACUUGAAGCGUCAUUCAAACAGUCUUGGUGUGAUGGACCAUUGGAUUGGUGGAAAAUACGACUGGAGAAAUUCCAAAUGGGUUUGGGCUGAAACCGGCAAGCCAGUUAAGUUGAAGACCCUACCAAAAACUCUACCAACUAACACAAUACUUUUGCAUUGGUCUUGCUUGAUGAUGGAUUCUAACCGAAUGAACAAAUUAUCACCCAUCAGCUGCCCAAGACAAAAUCAUUUCAUCUGCCAGAAAAAUACUAGAUAUCCGAUUGGAAAAACAAAAUCUUUCAAUACUAAAAUCUGUAGAAAGUCUGCCAAGCUGCUUACUGAUAAUCAAAAGGUCAAGUGUCUUCGUUUAGUAGGAGGAUAUGGCGGUGUUAUGUUCCAGAAUAUUCCUGCACCUAUAAUACAGACUCCAAAACCCACUGCCAAGAAUGUGAAGGAAUAUGUCUGUCCAUCGAAUAUGUUUGUCAUAAAAAAUAGAUGUUAUCAUUUCAGCCAUCAGAAAUUAAACUGGAAUGAUGCAUAUUGGGCCUGCAGAGACAACAAAACUUAUUUAGCUGUAAUUCUCAACAAGGCGCAAGAUAAAAAAUUGAGAGAGUUCCUUGAUAGUGGUUUUGUGGGAAGAUAUGAAAGAUGGUUAGGAGGUCUCUAUGACUGGAAGCAAAAAAGAUGGUUGUGGGCUAAUUCAGGAACACCCCUUAAAUACCACGGUUUUCAAUUCAGGAAUAGCACAGGAGAAGGAUUUGAAUGGAAAAGUAUAACAAUGGAUCCAAAUAUCAGAUUCAAAUGGAAUUCCCGAUUAAGAACAGAACAAAAGUAUUUCAUCUGUCAAAAACGAGCGAAAACGAUCGCAAAAUUGGGUGAUUUCAAUACAGCAUUAUAUUGAAUUUCAGGAGAUAACGCAGUAUCAAAUGAAAAUGAGACAACAACAUAGAGCCAAGUAACGAAACGAAGAAAAUAUCAAGUCAACAAGAAGAUGAGUGGCGAAAAAUUAACAUUACAAAAUCUCACAUAUUGUACAGUCAUAGGAACGUCAAAUAAAGUAUUAUUUUUUAUAAAUAACAUUAAUUAUAGUUGAAAUAAAUAUUUUGUAGUAGGUA